UUUAUUUGCUUCAUAGAUAUUCCCCAAAAGUCAUUGUGCAUCUAGAUUGUUCUAGUCAUACAUAUAAAAGUUCCUCGUUAGUAAUGCAUCGGACAACUUUUCUAAAAAAUUUCUUAUCUUUCCGGGGGUCACAUCUUCAUCCAUAAACAUUCCCAAACUCUUGCAAAUCUCUCAUUCCUUCUUGCCAUUUCUCACGCUCAACUGCAUCAAGUUUCAAGAUAUCAAAAUGGAUCAGCUAAAGCCAAGUUCGCCAAACUCAAGGCCGUUGACGCCGAUCAGUUUCAUCGAGCGAGCCUCCACUGUGUACGCCGAUUGCCCCUCCAUCGUCUACGGCUCCGUUACCUUCACAUGGUCAGAGACUUAUCUCCGUUGCCUUAAGAUUGCGUCGACUCUCUCAUCCUUGGGAAUCAGUCGCGGUGAUGUGGUCAGCGUAUUGGCCCCCAACAUCCCCGCUAUGUACGAGCUUCACUUCGCUAUCCCCAUGGCCGGAGCCGUCCUCAACACCAUCAAUCUCCGCCUCAACGCCCACACCAUCUCUAUCAUCCUUCGCCACGCCGAGUCCAAGCUCGUCUUCGUCGAUUUCCAAUCCGAAUCACUUGUUCUCGAAGCGAUCGCUCUGUUCCCGCCGAGCUUGCCGCGCCCUAGGCUCGUCCUCAUCGACGAGGGCGCCGAGUCAAAAGCUUUGAAGCCGGAAUUUUUCUCUGACUACGACACCGUUUUGGCGAACGGCGAUCCUAAUUUCGAUUGGGUUCGGCCGGAGAGCGAAUUCGAUCCGUUGACUCUGAAUUACACUUCUGGCACCACCUCGGCACCCAAAGGCGUCGUCCACAGCCACCGCGGCACCUUCCUUGUGACUAUUGAUUCGUUAAUCACAUGGUCAGUGCCCAAGGAACCAGUGUACCUAUGGACGCUGCCGAUGUUCCACGCCAAUGGUUGGAGCUACACUUGGGGCAUGGCCGCCGCCGGGGGAACCAAUGUGUGUGUCCGCAAAUUUGACGCCGCCACCAUCUUCUCAGCAAUUCGCAACUACCACGUCACGCACAUGUGCGGCGCUCCGGUGGUGCUCAACAUGCUCACUAACGGGAAUCCGAAGCCCUUAGAAAAGCCGGUUGAAAUUAUGACCGCCGGAGCGCCGCCGCCCGCAGCGGUGCUUUUGCGGACGGAAUCUCUCGGGUUCGUGGUGAGCCACGGCUACGGCCUGACGGAGACGGGAGGGCUUGUGAUCUUCUGCACGUGGAAAAAGAAGUGGAACAUGUUCCCGGCGACGGAGAGGGCGAGAUUGAAAGCCAGGCAGGGGGUGAGGACCCCUGCAAUGACGGAGAUCGACGUGAUCGACGCUGAAACGGGGAAGAGCGUGAAGCGCGACGGCAAGACUUUAGGCGAGGUCGUUCUCAGUGGGGGCUGCGUGAUGCUCGGCUACCUCAAAGAUGCCGACGGCACGGCCAAGGCGCUGAAAAACGGAUGGUUCUUCACCGGCGACGUGGGGGUCAUGCAUCCCGACGGCUACCUAGAGAUCAAGGACCGGUCCAAGGAUGUGAUCAUCAGCGGCGGGGAGAAUCUGAGCAGUGUGGAGGUGGAGUCAGUGUUGUACGGGCACCCAGCAGUGAAUGAGGCAGCGGUGGUGGCGCGACCGGACGAAUUUUGGGGGGAGACGCCGUGUGCGUUCGUGAGCUUGAAGGAGGGGAUCAAGGCAAAACCGACGGAGAAGGAGGUGAUAGAGUAUUGCCGGGAGAGAAUGCCGCGGUAUAUGGUGCCGCGAACGGUGGUGUUCAAGGCGGAGUUGCCCAAAACCUCCACCGGAAAAAUACAGAAAUUUGUGCUCAGAGAGGCCGCCAAGGCCAUGGGAUCUUCCAACAUCAGUAAGCUCUAGCGAGUAACUCCGGGUCAAACAUGACCACUGUCGACUUCUCUAAUUUUAAAUGUAUACUUGGGUGAUCUACUUCGUACAUUUUAGUGUUUUACAUUUUUGUAUCUGCCAAUGUAUACCUCUUAAAAUAUUCCCAAUAAAAUAUCAUUUUUGUUCUAA